GUAUGGAAAAAUACCCUGCCACUUCGUUCGGGUCGUUCGAGGAGAUUGGAUGCAAACAAAAUCUGAUAAACGGAAGUGAUUAGGAAAAUGGAGCCCAAGUACUGGCUACUGGCGGUUGUGGUGAUGGUUGCGAUGUCCUACGCUUCUGUCGAAGGCGCAUUCGGUGCUAACUGCACAGAAGAUAUGCUGAGGAACGGUGAAUGCGCGGCUAAAGGAUACUCAGAUGCUUGUCAAACCAACCAAGACUGUCAAUUAGGAAAUGUAGGAGCAAAUGCCAUAUGUAAAAAUUCGAUGUGUGACUGCAUGGACGGCUACUCAUGGAAGACGGACAUGUGCAAAGCAAAAGGAUACAACGAUACUUGCACUGCCGACGCGGACUGUCAAUUAGGGAAAUUAGAAGACAAGGGUGCCUGUAGCAACACCACUAACACCUGUGACUGCAUGGACGGCUUCACUUGGGAAGAGGAUAUUUGCAAUGACGCAGCAGGUCUGGCCAUAUCUAUCACGCUAAUGCUCGGGGUCCUCUUAUCCAAGACGACACUUUAGGACCAGAUAUGAUCCACACGGGUCACCGAAGGAAAAUGAUCAUCUACAAAUGAAACAAUAAAAACAUUAGGAUACAUAAGCCUUCAUACACCGACAACUUUGGACUUAUUUUAAAUGAUUGUCCAGAAUAAAUGAUUCUAACAAGAUUAAAUAAUGAUGGACAACAUAACCAUAAAAUCAUGCUUAAGUGUUCGUAUCUAACUCUGUCUUUGGUUUAUGAUCUUUCCACGGAAAGGGAGACCACCCACUGUUAACAUGCAAUAACCUGUAACGACAAUGCUUCGAGCCCUCUUGUACAAAGACAAUAUUUUAUCACCAGUUAGCACCAACACUGAAUACUACAGGAAAAUGAUCACCUAUUGAUGAAAAAGAAUACACACUAGGACAUAGAGGAUUACUGUUUGUUUCAGUGUAAGACCGUCAUAUAUUUUACCAAGUGAGCCCCAAAAGCUAUAUUUCACGAGUGGCAUAGCAUUUACUUUUUGUGUUCACUAGGUGUUCGUUUUUUUGGUGUUCAUCGGGCAAAAAUUUCGUAACAGUGAAUGCUAUCGAAUUGCUAUAUCUAUCACUGUUUGAAACAAUUAAUUUUUAUUUCACUGAUAAAUCUCUAUAAACAAAUGAAAAGCAAAGCAAAAUAUAAUUAUUAGUGCUUAUCAAUUUCAAAAGUUCACCAUUCGAUUGUUCUAAAGUUAAUUCAGAAUUUGAUAUCAUUUGAAUCAUUACACAUUAAUGGUUUUGACAAUGGCUAGAUUUUAAUGUACUAAACAAUAGCUCGCCAUUCACAUCUACAUUGUAGGUCAGACUGGUUCCGUAGUCCCGGGAUACAAUAACGUUUUGUCCAGAAUAAAUGAUUUAAUAAUAAUUAUGAUAGAAAAUGAUAACAUGAACAACAUACAAGAGGGUGCCAUAUACCCAUGCCUUUUAAAUGUUAAUCUUACUUUAACAAUGGUUUAAUGAUCUUUCCACUAAUAGUGGAGAGGGAAACGUUUAAAUGUUGACUUUGUAUAGUCUUAUAACCAUAUUUGUUAGCGUAUUAAUAAUAAAACACUGUUAUAAACAAG